AUGUCUGCAAACGGAGCCGGGGGAGUCGUGAUUCCUCUUUAUGACGCCAACUUUUCCCAUUCCCCUGCCUUCCCACCCCGACCACCCCAUAGUGGCCAUUAUCGCAACGUUACGGCUCCUGAUAAGGCGUACGACUACGAUCGUGGCGCCGGGACCACAUUACUGCCACUAUGUGUGGAUCAAACACGGUAUAUCAACAGGGAGAGGGAGAAGAACAAAGUUAUAGUCAUGAAAGUCAAUCAACUACAUCAACUGAAACAACAGACAGGUCCACAGUUAUUUAGCACUCUAUAUGACUGUCAGAGUAAGUCUCUGUGUAGAGAUGUCAAACACCAGAUGUUAGCAAACAUCCAUCGCACCUAUCCGUUAUCUUGCCAAGUGUUCAACGUGGACGUUGGACUUGUCGCAAAAGCAGUGAUAGUGAGCAGUGCUGUAGACAAAGCUUCUGUUAUUCCUACUACUACCACGUCAGCAAUAGCAUUGAUGGCGAGCAGCAUUAUAGACAAUGUCCCUGUUGUUCCUACAACUACCACGUCAGCAAUAGCAUUGAUGGCGAGCAGCAUUAUAGACAAUGUCCCUGUUGUUCCUACUACUAACACGUCAGAAAUAGCAGUGAUGGCAAGCAGCGUUAUAGACAAUGACUCUGUUGUUUCUACUACAACGUCAGCAAUAGCAGUGAUGGCGAGCAGCGUUAUAGACAAUGACUCUGUUGUUCAUUCUAUAACGUCAGCAAUAGCAGUGAUGGCAAGCAGUGCUAUAGACAAUGCCUCUCUUUUGCAUACUACCUCGUCAGCAAUAGCAGUGAUGGCAAGCAGCGUUAUAGGCAAUGACUCUCUUUUCCCUACUACCACAUCAGCAAUAGCAGUGAUGGCGAGCAGCGUUAUAGGCACUGACUCUCUUUUCCCUAAUACCACAUCAGCAAUAGCAGUGAUGGCGAGCAGCGUUAUAGGCAAUGCCUCUGUCGUUUAUACUACCACGUCAGCAAUAGCAGUGAUGGUAAGCAGCGUAAUAGACAAUGACUCUGUUGUUCAUUCUAUAACGUCAGCAAUAGCAGUGAUGGCAAGCAGCGUUAUAGACAAUGACUCUGUUGUUUCUACGACAACGUCACCAAUAGCAGUGAUGGCGAGCAGCGUUAUAGACAAUGACUCUGUUGUUCAUUCUAUAACGUCAGCAAUAGCAGUGAUGGCAAGCAGUGCUAUAGACAAUGCCUCUCUUUUGCAUACUACCUCGUCAGCAAUAGCAGUGAUGGCAAGCAGCGUUAUAGGCAAUGACUCUCUUUUCCCUACUACCACAUCAGCAAUAGCAGUGAUGGCGAGCAGCGUUAUAGGCAAUGACUCUCUUUUCCCUACUACCACAUCAGCAAUAGCAGUGAUGGCGAGCAGCGUUAUAGGCAAUGCCUCUGUUGUUUCUACUACAACGUCAGCAAUAACAGUGAUGGUAAGCAGCGUUAUAGACAAUGACUCUCUUUUUCCUACUACCACAUCAGCAAUAGCAGUGAUGGCGAGCAGCGUUAUAGGCAAUGCCUCUGUCGUUUAUACUACCACGUCAGCAAUAGCAGUGAUGGUAAGCAGCGUAAUAGACAAUGACUCUGUUGUUCAUUCUAUAACGUCAGCAAUAGCAGUGAUGGCAAGCAGUGCUAUAGACGAUGCCUCUCUUUUCCCUACUACCACGUCAGCAAUAGCAGUGAUGGCGAGCAGCAUUAUAGACAAUGCCCCUGUUGUUUCUACUACUACCACGUCAGCAAUAGCAGUGAUUGUAAGCAGCGUUAUAGACAAUGACUCUCUCUUCCCUACUACCACGUCAGCAAUAGCAGUGAUGGCAAGCAGCAUUAUAGACAAUGCCCCUGUUGUUCCUACUACUACCACGUCGGCAAUAGCAGUGAUGGUAAGCAGCGUUAUAGACAAUGACUCUGUUGUUCAUUCUAUAACGUCAGUAAUAGCAGUGAUGGCUAGCAGUGCUAUAGACGAUGCCACUCUUUUCCCUACUACCACGUCAGCAAUAGCAGUGAUGGCGAGCAGCAUUAUAGACAAUGCCCCUGUUGUUCCUACUACUACCACGUCAGCAAUAGCAGCGAUGGUAAGCAGUGCUAUAGACAAUGCCUCUCUUUUCCCUACUACCACGUCAGCAAUAGCAGUAAUGGCAAGCAGCAUUAUAGACAAUGCCCCUGUUGUUCCUACUACUACCACGUCGGCAAUAGCAGUGAUGGUAAGCAGCGGCGUUAUAGACAAUGACUCUGUUGUUCAUUCUAUAACGUCAGUAAUAGCAGUGAUGGCUAGAAGUGCUAUAGACGAUGCCCCUCUUUUCCCUACUACCACGUCAGCAAUAGCAGUGAUGGCGAGCAGCAUUAUAGACAAUGCCCCUGUUGUUCCUACUACUACCACGUCAGCAAUAGCAGUGAUGGCGAGCAGCGUUAUAGGCAAUGCCUCUGUUGUUUAUACUACCACGUCAGCAAUAGCAGUGAUGGUAAGCAGCGUUAUAGACAAUGACUCUGUUGUUCAUUCUAUAACGUCAGCAAUAGCAGUGAUGGCAAGCAGUGCUAUAGACGAUGCCUCUCUUUUCCCUACUACCACGUCAGCAAUAGCAGUGAUGGCGAGCAGCAUUAUAGACAAUGCCCCUGGUGUUCCUACUACUACCACGUCAGCAAUAGCAGUGAUGGCAAGCAGCAUUAUAGACAAUGCCCCUGUUGUUCCUACUACUACCACGUCGGCAAUAGCAGUGAUGGCAAGCAGCGUUAUAGACAAUGACUCUGUAGUUCAUUCAAUAACGUCAGUAAUAGCAGUGAUGGCGAGCAGCAUUAUAGACAAUGCCCCUGUUGUUCCUACAACUACCACGUCGGCAAUAGCAGUGAUGGUAAGCAGCGUUAUAGACAAUGACCCUGUUGUUCAUUCUACAACGUCAGUAAUAGCAGUGAUGGCGAGCAGUGCUAUUAUAGACAAUGCCUCUCUUUUCCUACUACCACGUCAGCAAUAG